AUGGGUGGUGUCAGGAAGCAGCCAUGGAGCUGGGUGUUGUGCAUCGUCUUCAGCUUGAUGUGCAUGGACUGGACAGAAGCUGAACCAAGUUACUUGGUUGGAUUUCCUGUGAUUCUGGAAGCUGGAGCUGAAACCAGUUUCUGUGCGAGUCUGCUGCAGCCCAAUGAAACCAUGACCAUGACUGUGUUUUUAAACUCUAAAGAGGAGAACAACACCCUAUUUAAAGAGGAAUCCAGCAAAGACUUUCAUAAAUGCCACAAGUUUAUGGUUCCUGUUCCUAAUAGCAAUGAGGAGGUUCUGCAAAUGGUUGUGGAGGUAAAAGGUGCAACAUUCUUCUCGAGAGAGGUCAAGAAAGUCUUGAUCCGAGUGUACAAACCAACGACCUUCAUCCAAACUGAUAAACCCAUCUACCUUCCAGGACAAACUGUGCAAUUCAGAGUUGUUUCCCUGGACACACAGUUCAGACCUGCCUCCCAAAUGUACAAGACCAUCGAAAUUCAGAAUCCUAGCAACUCCCGCAUUGGACAAUGGCUGAACCAAACGUCCAACGGUAAAAUAUUGCAGCUGUCUUACUCUUUGAACUCAGAGGCACGGCAAGGAAUCUACCAAGUAAUUGUGUCUGUUAAUGAAGAAAACAUAUACCACAGUUUCAAAGUGGAAAAAUAUGUUUUACCAAAAUUUGAUGUAAAAAUAAAUGGAGCAGAUGAAGUUGUUAUCGUCGAAGAUAACAACAUUGAAGUGUGUUCAAAGUACACAUAUGGACAGCCUGUGCCUGGUACUGUCACACUUAAGGUUUGCCGACCGCUCUACUCCUAUCUUAUUUCCAAUGCCAACGAAGGCCCCAUCGUUACGCCACCAUGCCACGAGGAGAGAAAACCGACUAAUAAGACUGGCUGUGCCACCUUUACUGUGAAGUUGUCCACUUUCACAAAAAUAGACCAGAAGGCAGUACAGGAUGUAUUGGAAGUCCAUGCUGAGAUGGAAGAAGAAGGGACUGGUGUUUCACAUCCGCAGUACAAAAGAAUACAAAUUUCAUAUGUAAUUGGAAAACUGUCAUUUGAGAACACACCAAAGACUUAUGAGAAGGCUUCACAAGUGGAGGGAAAAGUUAAAGCGGUUCAUUAUAACAAUACUCCUAUUGUUAAUCUGGAUCUGUACCUGCUGGAGGGGAACAGGUGGUCACCAAAUCUCCGACAGAACCUCACGACGGACCAGGACGGCUUUGCUAGCUUCUCAAUUAGCACUGCUAACCGUGAAGAUGACAUUCACAUCUACGUUAGUGCCACGCCAAACCUGGAUUAUGAUUAUAGAACUCCAUACUAUGAGAAGGGAGAGCACACAGUUUCCCAGUUUCAACCGCCUUCUCUUGAGACAAAAACUGUCAGCUACCUCGUGGUAAAGAAUAAGGAUGCGCCAAUUCCUUGUGAGAAAGAUGAGGACGUCACCAUCCAAUAUAAUGUUGUCGGAGAGUCUCAAGGGUUGGCUGAUCUUAUGUAUCUGGUACUUGCCAGAGGAGCAAUCGUUUUUCAAGGAGCUAAGCAGAUAGUUGUUAAAGAUAAAUCAGUGACUGAGGGCGAGGUGACUUUCCAGUUGAAGGUUUCUCCAGAGAUGGCGCCAGUUGUCCAGGUAGUUGCAUAUGCUGUGCUUCCCAGUGCUACAGUGAUUGCUCAAAGUGCACAUUUCACCACAGAGAAAUGCUUCAGAAAUAAAGUGUCUGUGGAAUUCUGUCCAUCUUCUGCGGUCCCGGGUGAAGAAACAAUUUUGCAAGUGACAACCCAGCCAAACUCUCUGUGUGGGGUGAGCGCUGUUGACCAGAGUGUCCUCAUCAAAGAGCCUGGAAAGACUCUAAAUACAGAUGAGAUAUUUAGGUUGCUACCAGUCACACAAGCAACGUAUAUUCCAUACAAAGCUGAAGACUCAGUGGAAUGUUUAAGUGUCAGACCUAGAAGGUCAAUUCUACCAUACCCUAGACACGACAUCGAUGAUGCUUUUACCGUUUUCCAGCGUAACGGGCUUAAGAUGGCAACAAAUUUGCAUAUCAGAGUUCCAACUUGCCUUCGGUUUCAGGGAAGAGAAUACCAUCACAGUCCCUAUGGUAUUGCUCUGCGGUAUGAAACUGUAGAUGCGAUGGCAGCACCCAAUGCUGUUGCUGGCUUGGGAGGCAGCGCUGCCCCAAUUCAGACAAUACGCAACUUCUUUCCAGAGACUUGGUUGUGGGACCUGGUGGACGUUGGAAAUUCUGGCAUGAGGGACAUUUCCCUCAAAGCCCCAGAUACCAUCACCACAUGGGAGACAGAGGCUUUCUGCCUGUCCUCGCAGGGUUUUGGCUUAGCUCCUCGUCAAAAGUUAACUGUCUUCCAGCCUUUCUUCCUUGAGCUCACACUGCCAUACUCCAUCAAACGUGGAGAACACUUUGAGCUGAAAGCCACUGUCUUCAACUUCUUGUCCAAAUGCAUCAUGGUCAGGGUGACUCCAGCUGCUUCCUCAGCUUUUAGUCUCACACCACUUUCUGGUGAUGAGUACAAUUCCUGCCUAUGUGGCAAUGAGCGCAAGACUUUGAGAUGGACUUUGACCCCAUCAACAUUAGGGGUUGCCAAUGUGACUGUGACGGCUGAAGCUGUGCCAUCUCAUACCUCUUGUGACAAUGAGGUAGUGAGUGUGCCAGAAAGAGGUCGCAUUGAUGUAGUCACACGAACGCUCAUCGUGAAGGCUGAAGGAACUGAAGUGACAAAGGCCUACAACUGGCUUUUCUGCCCUAAAGGAGGAAAUCUGAAGGAAGAAACUGAUUUUAAGCUUCCUGCGAAUGUGAUCGGCGGAUCAGCACGUGGUCUAAUAUCUGUUCUGGGUGACAUUUUAGGCCGAGCUUUGAAGAACAUCGAUGGUCUAUUGAGGAUGCCAUAUGGAUGUGGAGAGCAGAACAUGGCGCUAUUUGCCCCCAAUAUUUACAUCUUGCAGUACCUAAAAGACACACAGCAGCUGACACCAGCCAUCAAGGAAAAGACCCUUAAUUUCCUGACCAGUGGCUACCAGAGACAACUUAACUACAAGCAUUCCAGUGGCGGAUACAGCACUUUUGGGACUGGAGAGGAGAACACUUGGUUGACUGCUUUUGUGAUGAGAUCUUUUGCCAAAGCCAGUUCUUUUAUUUACAUUGACCCUUCUGAUAUUGAAGAUUCUCAGACUUGGCUGGAAAGAAAGCAGAAAGAAAACGGUUGUUUCCAAAAGUCAGGAAAACUUUUUAAUAACAGAAUGAAGGGUGGUGUUUCUGAUGAAGUGACUCUCAGUGCUUACGUCACUGCUGCCUUCUUGGAGAGGGGUAAAUCAGUCAAUGAUGCCACAGUGACCCAAGGCCUGUCUUGCUUGAAGGCGGCUGUCAAUGACCACAGCAACGUUUACACAACAGCUCUGCUGGCCUACGUUUUUACCUUGGCUGGCGAUAAGGAUACUCGGGCUAAUCUUCUGCAACACUUGGACAGCAUUAAAAUACAACAGGAUGGUUUCAUUCACUGGUCUCAAAAAUCAACGGAGACCUCACAAUCUCUGUCUGUGGAGAUCACCUCAUAUGUGCUCCUGGCCAAACUUGGCAGCUCUCCCACUGUUGAAGACCUUGGUUAUGCCUCUGGCAUUGUCAGAUGGCUGACGACCCAGCAGAACUAUUAUGGGGGUUUUGCUUCGACUCAGGACACAGUGGUGGCACUUCAGGCUCUGGCUCUUUACUCCACUCUGGUAUUCAGUCCAGGAGGUUCCAGCACAGUGACGGUGUCAUCUCCUAGUGGCCUUUUAACAUUUGACGUCAACCAGAAUAACAAAUUGCUCUACCAGGAAGAGGUGCUCAAUGAUGUUUCAGGUCAUUUCAGUAUGGAGGUGAAGGGGUCGGCGUGUGCUUCAGUACAGCUGACUCUGCUCUACAACAUCCCUACACCCACUGAGACUACUACUCUCAGUGUUGCAGUGGAGACUAACUGCACCAGUGCUUCUGGCAGACCUAAAGUCGAACUGAAGAUGAAAUCUCUAUACAGUGGGAAGGAAAGCAGUACAAACAUGGUGGUGCUGGAAAUCAGUUUGCUGUCUGGGUUUCAAGUAGAACCAAAGUCUUUCCAAAGACUCAAAGGCUCGCUGCUGGUUGAGCGUGUUGAAAAGGAGGAAGAUCGUGUGCUUGUUUAUCUGACGGAGAUACCAAAGGACAUACCGAUAUACCACUUCUUGGAGCUAAUACAGGAAAUCCCAGUGCAGGACCUGAAACCAGCUGUAAUCAAGCUCUACGACUAUUACCAGCCAAGUGACCAGGCUGAGACAAUUUACAACUUUGAUUGUAAGACAGGUAAAUAG